UUGAGCCCAGCUUCAUCACGUCCAAACCCAUUAGUUUUGGAUCCCUAAUCCAGCCAACUAUCCUACUGCCAUGAGCGUCGUAUAGUCGCAGCUCGCGCCCUCCAGUCUGUCCUCCUCCUCCUGACCUCCUCCACCUUGCAAAUUCAGUCACCGUCGGCUGUCACCCGCCGUCGCUCCAGCCUUUAGCCUCGCGGGUUCCAAUCGCGACUCGCUCCAGCCUCCAGGCUCGAGCCCUCCAGAAUCCACGGAUAACUGCUCCACCUGUCCACCAGGCACUAGUCCACCGCCUCCACGCCUCCACAGCAGCACAGCUCCACUCCUGUGAUAUUAAUAGGGCCGGAGGUGCGGAGCUGAUGACCAGGAUGGCGCUAGCAGACACCAAGUAGCGUCUCGUUUGAAUGCUGCGGACGUAGCGGGCGCUUUAGCGUUGGUGCGGAGAAGGUAAUGGCGGCCUUAUAGCGCCUGCUAGAUUGUCAGCUCAGCAUGGUGGGGUUCAAGAAUAGAUACAUGGUAAUGGAAGUAUUUUUGGAUCCAAAUAAGGAUAUUGUGGGAAAGGACCCUAUUAUUAUCACACAAUUCAAUCUCUCAAAUUCUAUCAAAGAUAGCAUUCUUGUGAACUUUGGAGAGUGUGGUCUAGCCUCUUCGCUCAACUCAUUUCAAGUGAAGUAUGUCAACCCUAUAACAAAAGUUUUCAUCAUCAGAGCAUCCAGGGAAGAUUAUAAAAGAGUUUGGGCUGCAGUCACCUUAAUUAGGAAUAUAGGGAACUGCCAGGUGGUAUUCAACUUAUUGGAUCUGAGUGGAAGUAUCAAGGCCUGCAAAAAUGCUGCUUUGAAGUGUGAAAUGUCAAAGUUUGAGCACUAUAAGUUGCUAGGUGGAAGCAAUCUUAAUGGAGAUGUGGAGCAGCAGAUGAAGAAUUGUCUUGAAAAGAUCAAAGUUUUGGAGCACUGAAAUAUACUAAACAAGUGUAAUCCUCCAUUUUUGUAUUCAUUCGUCACUGAUAAUUGUUGUCAACCAUUUUUGUUCCCUAUUCCCCAUUUCCCCCACACAAUGGCAAAAAUAGGAAGAGAGAAAAAAGUGUUGAUGAAGGGGGUACAUUCUAUUGUAAAAGAAGAAUGUGGGUCUGUCACGCUCGCUAUAUACUAUCCAUAUAAGCAAAGGUUUCUCAAGAGUUGGUAAUAUGGGUUUUGUAAAGACAGAUAAAUGUACAGGCUACAGGACAUAGAUGAAAUAAUCUGAUUAUUAUGCAAAAAUAUUACCUUUAGAUUUUUG